AUGAAUAUAAAUCAAAGAUCUAACUCACAAGAAUCACUCCCUGACCCUUAUUUUAAUUCAUCACUUGUCACAAAACCCCGUGCAAUGGAUCCAUCUCAACCAAUAUCUGUUCGAUUACAAGCACAACCUCCUCUAAAUCAUAAAAAAUCAUCCCCGAUUAUGAGAAAAGAUAAUCCAUUCAAAGACACUCCAGAACCGCUCACUGUUUCAAAUUCAUUGUUAACAGCUGAUGAUUAUGUGGUCCAAGCAAUCAAAUUUCAUGAAGAAGAUCGACUUGAAAAGUCUACUGAAUAUUUUCGUAUUGCUGCUGAUAAAGGUUCACCUGUUGGAAUGGUUCUUUAUGGUUUAGCUUUGAGACAUGGCUGGGGUUGUAAAAAAAAUACACAACUAGCCAUUGAAUAUCUUUCAAAAGUAGCCAAAGUAGCCGAAGUAGCCGAGAAUGAUAUUGAAACAAUAUCUAAAUCCUCUCAUAAAGGUGAAUUGGUUUUAGCCAUUUAUGAAUUAGGCAAUUGUUUCCAACAUGGUUGGGGUGUUCAAAAAAGCAAGUCUACAGCAGCUCGUUAUUUUCAGAUUGCAGCUGAUUUGGGAGAUCCUGAUGCACAAAACGAAAUAGGACAUUGUUAUUAUAAUGGCGAGGGAGUAAAGAAGGAUAUGAAAACUGCUGCUAAAUAUUACAGGUUGGCACAUGAACAAGGUCAUGGUACUAUGGGAAAUUCAUGGAUUUUUAAAGAAAAAUACAAUUAA